AUGUCACAUACCGCAUUCUUCUACGGCACCUUGAUGGCACCGCCCGUCCUACACCGCGUGAUAUGGGGUUCCCAGACACCUCCCACAGCCGCACACGCCUCUCUCCUCCACAUCCGCCCAGCGAUCCUCCACGCGCACCGCCGACACAAAGUAAAACAAGCAGACUACCCUGCCAUCCUCCCCGUCGAUACUCCCUCGUCCGUCCGCGGAACUCUAGUACAAGGCCUCACAGACGGCGACAUCUGGCGACUAGACAUCUUCGAAGGAUCAGAAUACCAACGCCAGAAAGUAAAAGUCAAGAUUCUGCAACCGAAAGACCAGGGUAAAAACACAGACGAAGGCAUGGGCGAUCUAUCACAAAGGGAAGAAGACAAUGUAGAAGGCGAGGAAGUAGAGGCAGAGACAUAUGUCUGGAUAGCAGGCGCGCAAAGGCUCGAAUCAGAAGAAUGGGACUUUGCAGAGUUCGUUAGAGAUAAGAUGAAGCGGUGGGUAGGCAAGGAAGCAGCGGAGACGGAUGAAGGGUUUCAGGGUAGGCCUUCAAUCAAUGAAGUCGAUGAUGCCGUCGCAGCACGCGAAGACCCGACGGGCGGACGUGGCACAAACGGAAGUAUAUCACGGCAAUUGAACAAAGAAGGUAAGGAGGACGAGAUUCUCGAAAGUGCUGUAUAA